AUGACGAGUCAUCGCGAGGGUGUGCCGGCAGAGCUGCUGGGCCCGCAGGGUACGCGGGUACAGCGGGAUGACAUUGAUGCCGAGGUCAUUGCCAUCUACUUUUCGGCGCAUUGGUGCCCCCCUUGCCGCCAGUUCACCCCAAUGCUGGCCGAGACACACAAGACGCUGCGAGCCUCGGGCAAAAAGUUUGAGGUCAUCUUCUGCUCGAUGGAUCGCACUGAACCCGAGUUUGCCGAGUACUUUGCAACCAUGCCUUGGCUCGCCAUCAAGUUCCAGGACGUGCUGGCCCGUCAAAACCUGCCCAAAGCCUUUGGCGUCAUGGGCAUUCCUUGUCUGGUUCUGCUGGAUAGCAACUUUGAGGUCAUCACCACCUGGGGUCGCAAUUAUAUUAGUCGCGAUCCCAUGGGUGAAUACUUUCCCUGGCGCGAAGCGCCCCCGGGUGGCUGUUCGCUCUCUCUCUCUCUCAAGUUGAUCUCUCUCUGUGUCUCUCUCAAACUCUCUCAAACUCUCUCAAACUCUCUUUCUCUCUCUCUCUCUCUCAAACUCUCUCUCUCUCAAACUCUCUCUCUCAAACUCUCAAACUCUCUCUCUCUCUCUCAAACUCUCUCUCUCUCAAACUCUCUCUCUCUCAAACUCUCUCUCUCUCAAACUCUCUCAAACUCUCUCUCUCUCUCAAACUCUCUCUCUCACAGUUUUCUCUUUCUUCUCUCUCUCUUCUCUCUCUCUUUCCUUCUCUUCGUUUCCAGUGAAAUGGCAGCGGUGCGCGCGGGCCGAUCGACGGCCACGACUGCCGUUCGGGGGAGUCGGGUGCUGGGACGAACCGUCCGCCAACUGACGAGUGACGGCUAUCUGCACAAGACUGAGAUUCCCACCUACCAGUUCCAAAAAUCUCUGCCCCAGCUCCCAUUGCCCAAGUUGGAGAAAACCCUUGAGCGAUACUUGAAAUCCGUUCAACCUCUCGUCUCCGAGGACCAAUAUGCCAAGACCAAGGCCUUGGUCGAUGAGUUUCGCAGUGGCGUUGGUGCCGAGCUGCACAAGGAGCUGGCAGCCGAGAACAAGGGCAGCGGCACGAGCUACAUUGCCAAGCCUUGGUACGAAAUGUACAUGAACUACCGCGACGCUCUGCCCAUCAACAUGAAUCCUCAGCUCACCUUCAAGGAUGAUCCGGACACCGCCAAGCAGCAGCAGGCGGCCCGCACUGCUAGCUUGAUUCAUGCCUCGGUGGCGUUCUAUCGCACGCUGCGAGACAAGCAGCUCAAGCCAGAUCUCUAUGAGACAAACGAGAAGCGCAGCCGCCACCCCUGGUUCACCAAGCUUGUCAAUGGCGCACCCGACAAACUCUCCUGGGCCAUCGGCUUUUUGGCGGGCGCCUAUGCCCUGGACAUGUCACAGUACAACCGUCUCUUCGCAUCCACGCGUGUUCCUUGCCCUGGCACGGACAAGCAUGUCACCUACCCUGAAAGCCAGGCUCGCCAUGUGGUCGUUCAGUACGGCCACGAGUUUUUCGCCGUGCCCGUGCUCAAGGAGGAUGGUACGGCGGUCCCCGAAGCUGAGCUCCACGCUGCCAUCCAGCAAAUUGCCACCCAGCCCCCCAACACUUCCUGCGCUCCGCUCGGUGCAGCCACUACCCUCAAUCGCGAUACUUGGGCGGCUUUGCGUCAAGAGUUGAUUCAGAACAACAAGAACAAGACUGCCUUGGAAAUGAUUGACUCUGCCCUCUUUGCCGUCUCACUCGAGCACCGUGAAGCCGGCCCUGCUCCCAUGACCGAGCUCGAGAACAUUAGUGACAGCCAGUGGGUCGACUUGCUGCGUUGCAUGCUUCAUGGCGACGGUCGUAACCGCUGGUUUGACAAGUCCUUCCAGCUCAUUGUGACAAAGAAUGCCAAGGCCAGCGUCAACUUUGAGCACGGCUGGGGUGAUGGUGUGGCUGUCUUGCGCUACGUCAACGAGGUGUAUGAAGAGAGCACCAAGACCCCAUCCCCAGCGCCCCAAGCUGGCGUUCAGCCUCAGCGCCUCGACUUUGAAUUUACCGACUCUGUGACCCAACAGCUAAACAAGGCUGCUACUGAAUUCGAUGCUUUUGCCAACUCGGUCGACUGCAAGCUUCUCCAAACGCAGGCAAUGAAUACCGACCUGCUCAAGAAGCUCAAGCUGGGUGCCGAUGGCACCCUCCAAAUGGCCUUCCAGCUUGCUUACUACCGUCUCUUUGGUGAAAAUGCCUCCACCUAUGAGUCGGCUUCAACUGCUGGCUUCCGCCAUGGCCGUACCGAGACCAUCCGCUCCUGCACCCCGGAGAGCGAUAAAUUUGUCAAGGCCUUCUGCGACCCCAACGCUACUCUCGAAGAGCGCGACAAGCUCAUGCGUGCCGCCAUUAAGAACCAUGCUCAAAUCUCCAAGGAUGGUCUUUUGGGUGGUGGAUGGGAUCGUCACUUGUUUGCCCUCCGUGAACUGGCCCAGCGCAAAGGACUCCCUGUCCCUGCGAUUUUUGAGGAUGCUGCCUAUCAAAAGUUGGGUCACAUCAUUAUCUCGACGUCCACUCUCGCAAGCCCGGCGCUCGAUGCCGGCGGCUUUGGCCCCGUGAACAAGGACUGCUAUGGCAUUGGCUACGGCAUUGUGGACAUUGGCGCGCGCUUUAUCCUCAUGACCUACCACCUACAGUCGGAUGAGUUCCUCGCCAGUUUGGACAAGGCAAGUUUUGGCCUGAGCUUGAGCAGAGCUAUGCAUACGUUCAUCAGCUUGAAACCCCAUCUUUGUUGA